GGUUUCAAGGCACCCGCGGAGUCCCAACCGUAGAAAAACAAAGCGUCGGUUAACAACAAAACUCACAUUUAACGUCUCCGAACACACGGGAAUCCGUUUAUUUCCGUCGAAAACGACUCCAGCGAGCGAUUCCGAGUGUUUUUCGUCGCUCUAAAGGGCCUUUCCGGCGAUGUUGUUUAUCUGUAGUAAGGGGGGCCUUGAAACCGGCCUCCCUUGCCCCAUUUCCUCGGUUGUUUUCCUUCUCUCGCCUGGAUUCUCCAUGUUGUUGGUGCAAGAGUGAAGACUUCGCAGCGACGGGAGAGAGAGAGAGAGAGCGAGAGAGGGGGGCUGCUGCUCGGUGAUAUUUCCACUUAUAGUCAGCUGUAAAAACCCAAGACUAACGGGGCGGAAGGACCCUUUAAACAGCCCCUCCGUAAACAUAUACAAGUGCCUUUCCCCCCUCCCCGAGAGAGGACCGAGAAAGAAGAAGAAGAAGCAGAAGUAGCGGGGGAAUAAAGAAACCCAGGAACAAGAUAAACCCCACUCGCAUCGAGGAUUGUAACUGAGGCGGAUGACAAGUUACCUCGGUGAAUAAUUGAGUCCACUCGCGAAGAGAAGCCAAUGAGGGAUGCCCAUCAGUGCUCGCGGACAGGAUUUGAGGAUUUUGAGGGCUCCGUGAUUGUCAGAUGGAAAGUUCUGUUAUCACCCAAGUGCAGAAAGAAGACGUCCAAGUGUCACCGAAAACAGGUGAGAAACGGGCUCCAUUUUACCUCAAAGGUGUUUAAAUCUCAUCUAAGGUGUUAAAUGUUCGGUUAUAUUCGCGCUAAUAUGUUUAGGAGUGCGCCUGUUUGACAGUUGAGCGAUGCGGACGCUGGUUGAGCGCGAUUUGAGGCGCAUUGCCCCCUCCCCUCCCCUCUCAUAUUUUUACACAACCAGGCUCCUAUAUUAUUUACAGCCUCAAACCCUCAAAAUAACACAGAAACGAGCGUGAAAUCCUCCCGUGAAUCAAAAUAAACAUCUCAACUUGGAUUUUACACCCAUGCGCCAUGCACAACUUCCACCGUCUCCAUUUUACGCACAGAAUUUGCCAUCUUGUAUUUUGUGCUUUUCUUAACACAUGUGUUGUUGUGAUCAGAGAGGCUCUUCUUCUUCUUGUUCAGCUCUCCAAAAAGAGACAGACAGAGAGAGAGCGAGCUGUGGGUGCCUGCCUGCCGUGUAUGUAUUUAUGUGGAUCAGGUUCCAGCUUGUUUGGCACCAUCCCAUAUCCUCCUACUACAAGCAGGUAGAGCGCGAAGAGCUCGUCUGUCACCACAGGCAGCAGCAGCAGCAGCAGCAGCAAUGUAGUACAGAGAAAAACAAGCUGUUAGAAACUAUAUUUAGUGCUGUUUUGUGAAUAGAUUUCGCAGAGAGGAUGGGGGGAGGUGGGUCGUGGAUUUGCGCUCUGCUGCUGCUGCUGCACUGUCCUUACAUUUGCUUCAUAUUUUUACCAACACAUACUAAAUCCAUUUGUUGUAUUGGGGGGGUCUGAGUGGUUUCUGAUUAACAGCAGGACUGUGGAAAUACCAGGUGCCGCGGUGUGACAGCGGAAUGCACAAACACACCCCUCUGCACACGCCCAUUGUAGCGCCGUUUCAAAGAUUUCGUUGUUUGCACGCUUUGAAAGAGGCUUUGCUCAUUGACUCCCAGCUCUCCACUUUGGAGGUUAACAUCGUGCAUGUUUCCAUUUUGCAGGUCCUCAUGUUAGAGAAUAAUUAACAGCGUCCACACAGUGUUUUCUGCAUGCUGGAUUUGUCUGCAGGAUUAAUCUGCUCCUCUCUAUCCUUUUACAUGAAGGGGAGAUGUAAUGCAUGUGUUAUGUCAUACAUGCCAGUGCUGUCUUCCUGAGGGAAAUCAAUAAGCUGACUGGAUUCAUGGGAUAUAAAUCAUGUGGAUUGUAUUGAUUAUUGUCUGAGGACAUCUGAGGAAUCACAGAAUUAAAGCUCCUGUCUCCUUUUUGUUGUUGUUGUUGUUGUUGUUGUUGUGUAAUCACAGUUGGAGCCCUGAGGGUCAGCCUGCUGGACUCUGUAGAUUAUAGUGAAAAAAUAAAUCUCUCAGCAUUCACUUGGCCGGCACACUUUUGAGGGUUUAUCAACAGUUUCUCUUUCGAGUAAGAGUCGAGUGUGUGUGUUUACAGUUUUAUAACAUAUCGACGGGUUCGAAUUCUGCAAGUCCUCACAGGAAACACACCAGAGGGGACUGGCAGGAAUGCUCCUCGUCUCCCUCUUAACAAGUCUCACCAGUAUGGGGCUGGGACUCUGCUGGUUCCAGAGUCUGAUCAAAGACCUGCACAGGUCACUGAGGUGUGACUGCUGGUCCAUCUCACUGCCCGCCUGUUUCUCUGUCUCUCUGUGCAGCGUCUCGCUCUUUAAAAUGGUUGGAAUGUUUUCUGUCUGUGUUUUCUGUUGAAGGUACUGCUGAAAAGUGUGGGUUUUCCCGCCCUCUGUGAUUAUAUAACAUGUACCAGCCAUUUCCAGCAGCAGCAGAGGCAGGCGCAUUAAAAACAGAUUUCAUGUGCAGGCUGUGCCAUCCCCCUGUAAUACAUAGAUGGAUGGUGCCUCUGGGAGAGGGGAAGCUCUGUUUUUCAAUCAGGCCUAAUAAUGGAGAAUUGGGAAUAUUUGAUUGAGCAAAAACAGGCAGAAAGAGAGAAAUGCGAUAAAUGACAAGAGUGUCGACACGACAAGAUCUGAAUCAUGUGCACAUCUCCUUUACUCUUAAUACUUCUUCUUUAACGCACAUUAAUGUUGUUUUUAGUGUUUAAUGUUUCCUAGUUUCUGCUGUGAGUUCUCAUAGGAUCAUUUUUCACCCUUAAAGCUUCAGUGAGGAGUUUUGAGCUGGUUGUGAAACUGACUUACAUGAAUUUUGAAAAACAGAUGAGAGCAUCUAGAAGAGGAGGAGGAGAGGAGGGGCUGUUUUUUUUUCUGUACGGGUAUUUUAAUGUCAGAAAACGCUGGCGGCAGGUACAUGUCAGACCAAGAGUUCAACUGCAGAUACGGUUCGUGUCACAUGUUCCUCUGCAGAGACUCUCGAAGGUGUUUACACACACAGAUAAGACGUCUUCACACACCAAAACAGUCAAGUGCCAAACUGGUCGUAUUUCAAUCAAUAAAAACAUGGAAAACUUAACAUCUCUGCACCUUUUGUGUGAACGCUUCAUCUUCUUCUUGUAAACAAUAAUGCUGUUUUACUUCGGGGUGAACUUCUGGGCAUGCACAGACCUCGUGUCACUCUUGAACUCUUAAAAAUCACUCCCCAAACGUUUAAUCCGACCAUGACGAAUAUAAAACACCUGAACUAUGUUGACAUGUCGUUUAAAAGUCCAGCUUUAGUGAGGCUAACAAAGUAAAUGGAUUUUUUUAAACAUUGUGGAAAUGUUUGGAGUGAUUUAUCCAGUAAAUAAUCGCCAAAUAAACACAAAAAUUCAUAAAAAUAAUGAGAAAACAGAGGAUUGAAUCUUAAACUAAUGUAAGACAGAGGGUAACUCCUCAUUCGCUGAUCUGAGUUCAGUCAGAAACUAUCAUCAUGUGUGGGAGGAGAGGCCAAAUAAUCCGGAAAGAUCUCCAUUUGUUGAAAACCAAUUAGAGGUUUAAUCUGUCGUCACCCCUCCGCUCUCUGCAGCAGGAUCUCGUACAUGUGUGUCCGCGUCUCGCCUCCGUGUUGGCGACUCAUAAAAGUGUUUUUUUCCCUCUCUGUGUGUCGAACAGGCCAGGUGAGCCGCUCUGCCCUGAAACAGCCUCGGAGUUGUAACAUCUUCAAAGCGCUCUUCUGUUGCCUCCAAGCUCAGGAUGGCCCCAAACCACCGCCACCACUGCCGCCGCCUUCCCAGCAGGCCUUGCUGGAGUCGCAGGAAAAUGGGACGGUUGUCAAGGUAACACCAUUCCAGCAAGAUUUCACACCACUGAAAACAAUUUGAGAACCUCAGCUCGGUCCCUGCCUUUAUUUUUGUUUGUUUAAGAAUCACUUCCUUGUUGCGCCCACGCACACACACACGCACACACACACACAUAUAAACUCACACACACAUAAAGGAGGAGGUGUUUGGAUAGUUUGACCAUCUGUAGGAUUGAACACGCUGCUGUAAAAGUGCACUUAUCAUUAUCUUCAAGCGUUCUUUUUUUUUCUAAAACCCCGAGAGUGCACCUGCUCCGAACAUCUUAAAAGCAAACCGCAACUGUCUGCGGAUAUGGAAUCACUUUGAUGCUCACACUUGAUCCUCUGGGGAAGAUAUGACAGAGCGACUCCCAGUCCUUCAGGCGGAUGUUCACACAGAGAGAGAGAGAAUGGUGUAUUGUUAACCAGUAAUUGCUGAGGUGGGGAAAAUAAAGCCAUAAAGCGGCUGCUGCGCACGCUGGCGAACGCUGUCAGCUAGAGAAGCCGUGUGAGGAGCAUCUCAGCGAGGGCGCCAUGUUUGUAAAUGUUUCACAAAAGCAGAAAACAUGUUUCGGAUCCAAAUUAGGAGUUUUCUUUCUUUGUAUGGAGCUCCUCUAAAUGGAUAAUCUGUUUGUGUUAUGUAAUAUAUUUAUAAUGAAUGUCCGUUUGCGCACACUCAAAGUGAAACAAAAUGAGAUCGUGUUCCUGUGCAGGUGGAUCUCUGCAAGUGAUGCUUUAGGGAAGUUUAAUGAAAUCCGUCGGAUAUGGAGGCCGCCACAAAAAUAAUAAAGCUCACAACACAUACAUGAGCGCUGACAGUUUAAUUUCCCACAGGUGAAGCCAAACGGCGGCCGUGAUAUUAGGAUUAAUCAGGCUCAUUAACUCCGAGAGCAGAAGACAUUGUACAAGUGUGUGUGUGUUUUUGUGUGUUUGUGUGAAAGUGUUAAAAGAAGUCUCGGUGUGUCUCCUCAGCCGUGCGAGCCCAGCCUCCUGCCUGAGGUGGAGGCCCAGGACGAGGGGAAGAUCUGCGUGGUCAUAGACCUGGAUGAGACCCUGGUGCACAGCUCAUUCAAGGUAUCGAGUCAGAGUUUAUUGAAAACACAACAGCUGUAGAGCAAAUAUGGUUUAAAGACACAGUGAAUAACAACAACUGGGAGUAGAAUAUGAUUGGAUAUAAAACAUCAGGGUGUCACGCUCAGCUGGUAUUAAACGCCAAUGCAAAGAGAUGGUUUUAGGAAGAAUUGGGAUAAUCAGAAACAUCUAAUUCCUCUUUAUUCGCCUCAUUUUUAUGUGCUUGUUAUUGUCAUUUUAGCACAAUAACAACACAUGUUCAUUUCUGUGUUUGUUUUAGAGCUGCAAAAAUGACAAACGGAUUAAACUGUUCAUGAACUUUUUGAACAAUCUGGUCUUUAAGAUCGAAAACACCGACUUCAGAUGUUUCCACCUUUAAAUUUGGUCGGUUAUUCGGCUUGUUACGCAUCAAAAAACAGAGAAAAUCUGUUUGAAAUUCAGUGAAAAGAAAAGUCUAAUUUUGUCAGUUUGACCUCUUCAGUUUUUAAAUUAUAUAACAUGCAAGAAAAUGGUGAAAACAACAUCAAAUAUCUUUGGUUUAUUUUCAUCAAGGAGGAAAAGAAACCUGAAAAUACUCACGGUUAAGAAGCGAUUAAAAUAUCAGGAGAUUAAUUUAAGAGUUUACAACUUAUCGAUAAAUCUUUUUAAGUUUGCGCGUUAAUCCCAGUUUCUCCCUCACAAUCUUUACAUGUGUUCAAAGAACAUUUAGAGGAUUAUUUAGUGUUUGUGUAGGCCGUGCGCUUUGAUUUAUAGCAGCCGUGCAGAGUCUGGUUUUGAGUGUUCACUUGUUAUGUAAUGCCAUGUGAAUGUACACAGCGCGGCUCAUGUGAACGAGCAUGCCAACCAUCUCCCUCUGUGUUCUCCCUCCAGCCUAUUAGUAAUGCAGACUUCAUCGUGCCUGUGGAGAUAGAGGGGACCACACACCAGGUAAAACUACUGUGUGUGUGUGUGUGUGUGUGUGUUUGCUGUGGAGGAGGGGAGGGGUUUGUAUAUGUAUGUUGAUGUGUUUGCAGCGGUUGCUGAGCUAAAAAAAGGGAUGGGUCUUGUAACUGAUCAGCCUGGUUUUUGCUGUGACGGGACCACAGAGCCCUCUACUGACCAGAUGUUGAACAGAAGCGGAAGCAUCAGUUAAAAAAAAAAAAAAAAAGAAAGAGUAAUUUUAAAAAAUGUCACAAAGAAGUGUUAAACCGACUCUGAGGAGGAGAAGAGGAAAAAAAAAAAGACUCCCUGCCUCGCAGAGCGCAGCCGAGCCCUGUGGUGUCGAGCGUCUCCUCGUCGGACAUGUGGAAAUGUAAUUAAGUCAGAAAUGUGAUUCCCUGGACCCCGUGUGCUGGAUCCUCUGUGGGCCUCUGCCUGGUUCAAGUAAUCCAGGAUAGGCUGGUUAACACUGGCACGGCCUAUUCUUGAUUACUUGUUUCAGGAACUUGCCAUUAGCAGCAAACGGAUGAAGAGACGAAGUUAAUGGGACUUAAUGUAAAGAGGUUAAAAUGAUGCUGCUGCUGCUGUGGGCCGCUCCCUGAUGGUGUGUCUGUUUGCAGGUGUACGUUCUGAAGAGGCCGUUCGUGGACGAGUUCCUGCAGAGGAUGGGAGAGAUGUUUGAAUGUGUGCUGUUUACAGCCAGUCUCGCAAAGGUACCCCACUUCAGAGAGAUCCUCAAAAUAGAUCUUUAUAUGUUAUUCAGCUUUGAUUUGAUCUUUGAUGUGAUGUCUGAUCCAUCAGAUGUUCUUCUGCUUCCUCUCGCCUUUUAGUUCUCCUUUUUUGUUUUGUUUUGUUGGAGCAGCUGAUGAACACGCUGUUAGUCAGCUUAUAGUCGACACCCUGCUUAUGUUUUGUUUCCGUGCUUAUCUGGAGCGGGUUACAGCAGCAAGUUAGACUCAAACUCUGAAUUUCAAAUCAUUAUUUUAGUCGGUUAUCGACAGACGAUAAAAACAGCUGGACAGAGAAGCCUCUUCGGUCAAGUCGAGAUGCCAAAGACGUGCAAAUAAAAUAGUAAAAGGACAAAAAACAAGCAAACAACACUUCAGACGGGGGGCUGUAAACUGCCUGUUUACAUGGUGAGGGAAAACAAACUAAUAAAAUGUGAGCAUUAGAGCUGCGCACUUAAUAGCAAAAUAAUCAAAACCGCAGCAUGACUAAGUGCUUCAUCCAAACUGAUAAAGGUGAAAUAUGACUCCGGCGCUGCAGAGUUUGUUCCUCCAAAGUAAUAAACCGUGUUUGCUCGACGCAAACCCAAACGAAUAUCUCAACACCAGGAUUUGACUAAAUUUGGAGGCAAAAUUUCAUCAUCAAAACACCAAAAUGUGAAGCGUGUCCCAAAUGAAAUAUCUGCAAAAUGAGUUUUGGAUCAUAUUUUACAGCCUGUAAACACAAUAAUGUAACAAAAGCUUGUUAUGGGGUUGUAUUUGUGGUUGAACAUGAAAUGAGAUGACAACAGAAGAGGGAAAAAUGCUUCUUCGAGGUGCUUCUUUUGUCUGAAACGGAGAGACACCUUCAAAAUUACAAUUAAUGCAGAAAAUUAUGACUCCUCAGUAGCUAGAAUCAGUAAAUACUUGACAUGUCUGCUCCAUUUUUUUUAAAAUAACAGAUCUCCUUAUCGAACAGGCACCUAAAUUCAAUCGAUCACUACGAGAAAGACAGCUGUGAUCAAAUAUUUACACAUGCCAGCAGCUGCAGUGAAAUACCUGCAUCAGAGAGCUCAUGUUACCCCGCCAAAAUAAGAGCCUUUAACACGGACGGUAAAGAGGUACCCGAGUUUGUAGCCUCUGAGUUUAAGCUCUUGAUUCUGGACAUCUGUUCACUGUUUUGUAAUCUCCUGUUUUCAGUGAUGGUGCAGAUUAAAACAGCUAAUUAAGAAACAAACCCAGAGAGUUUAAAAUCAGUCAACCAUCAAUGUGUAUCAUCAAAUCAAGACCAGGUCUAAAGACAGCUGAGUGACCCGCUCCAGAUUUCUUGCUGUUCAAGAGUCCAUGAGUAGAAAGUACUUCAUUAGUCCGACCUCACUCCUCCCUGCUCUCCCUCUCCUGCUCCCUCCUUCUCCUCCCUCAUCCCCCGUCAGUACGCAGACCCGGUGACGGACCUGCUGGAUCAGUGCGGCGUGUUCCGGACCCGGUUAUUCCGGGAGUCGUGUGUUUUCCACCAGGGCUGCUAUGUCAAAGAUCUGAGCCGCCUGGGCAGAGACCUUCACAAAACCCUCAUCCUGGACAACUCUCCUGCCUCCUACAUCUUCCACCCAAAUAAUGCUGUGAGUUUGUGUUUGGAGAAACCAUGAUUGAACAAAUACAGCACCAGGUCUUAAACUUUACCUCCUCUCAUCUGAAGAGGGCUGAAAAACAUCCGGUACGGGGUUUAUUUUUAUAAAACUGUGGUGACUAAUGGACAAAAUAAUGAUGUGAAUAAGAACUUGUUCACACUCAGGUCUGGAGAGUAUUUUUCUCCAGGUUUGUUCUGGAUAUUUAGCUCAAUAUUGAGUUUUAAAUAAAUAAUCAUAGUAAUGAAGUGAUCAAAAAGCUAAAAAAAAAAUAGCAGAUUGGAGAGAUGGACUGUUUUCUAGAUUUCUCCAAAUUUGUGUCACAACUGAUGAUUAUUUUCAUCAGUAAAAAGACAGCAGAGCAUUUUCUCAGCAACUCCCACUGAGACGAGUCACUCGUACAGUUGUGAUAGUUUCUGAAGUGCUAAUGAAGCAGCUGAAGUUCUCAAAGCUGCGAGAGAUGCUAAUUGUUUCAUAGUCAUCUUCUUUUUUCUGUUUCUGUGAAUCUUAAAUCAAUCAUCUUAUUUUUCCAAGAACAUCCAAAAUAUCUCCCCAGAGCCCGAGCUGACCGAAGACGGUUUCUUAUUUCAUCGGGAAAACCUUGUCCAGCUCUUCGGAUUUAAAAACAAGCAAAUUGUUCAUCAGUAAUCGUGAAUGAAUGAAUUUAGACACGCAGGACUGUUCAGAUUAGAUAAUUUUUAUUUUCUUCUUGAAAUUCAUCCGUUUUGAGUACCUUUGUUUUAUUUUCCCGUCAGGUUCCUGUGGUGUCAUGGUUCGACGACGUGGAUGACGCUGAGCUGCUACACCUCCUGCCUGUGUUUGAAGAACUAAGCCAAGCUGAUAAUGUUUACGAGCGGCUGGACCAGCUCCGUGGACAGUAAAGAAGCUCUCAGAGGACCCGAGCGGCUCCCGUCAGAGCUCCGGCUUGAAACUUCUUCAGCGACAAUAGAACUUUUUUAUAUCUAGAAUAGAUACUGAGAGUUUUCAGGAGCUGUUCUCCAAGCCUCCGCACAAAUCCUCUGUUUAGUAAAUCGUAUUAUCUCGGGGUUAAGGAAAUUCCAAGGCUGUAAAACACAAUGUGUUUGGCUUAACUGAAACUAUAGAUCGCAAUCUGAGGCCUUUCCUCUGAACCUCAGUGCUGACAUUAUUGACAACCACUAUUUGAAAGCACGAUGAGAAAGAGCGGAAAACAACAACCAAAGCAGUCCCAUCACAAUCACUCCGGUCAAAGUAAAAGUGGUUCUUUUGCCAAAGCAGAAGCCUGCCUGCCCUGACUUGACUUUUUGGACAUUGUUUUUUUAUGAUUGUGCCUUUGAGGAACAACAAGAAAAAAACAUCAGCUCUUUUUUUUAAAUUUCCACAAGAUUUUAUACAUUUAUUGAUUUCUUUUUUAUAGGUUCUUUUAUAAGGAAAUCUAUUUUUAAACCGUGAACAUGGUUCCUCUAUGCAACCCAUGGACAGUACCUCCUGAUAGCCAGUCAAUAAUUGCAUUCAGCAGAUGUAAACAUUACUGUGUCGCCUUAUUUACCUGUAAAUGAGCAGCAAAACAAAGUGUAUUUUACUUAUUUGUACCAUAAACUAAAUUUCUACUCAAUGAAUAUACAUCAUUAGUGGUCGGGUUUGAUGUGAUGUAAGUAAACAGGGUGAAAUCUUGUCUUUGAUGGUCCGUUGAAAGCAGACACACUGGAUUAUGAUGGCACAUAGGACAAACAGAAAUGCCACACUUUUCAGUCAAGGUUUUCUAAUAAUAGUUCAUUGUUAUCAUGUUUUUUCUUGUAUUACUAUAUGACAAAAAAAACUUGCACUUGUUUUAUAUUGACAGUGCUGAAAGUAAAAAAAUACUGUGCCUUGGAAAUUCGGACAGAGAAUGGUGUUCUGCCUGAAAAGAGAUUCGUAGGCCUACACAGUCUGAUGUGUCAUGCUGAGCGUGAGUAAACACUGUCAAGAGCAAGUGUAAUGCCAUGUGGCUGUGGUACUUGCAGUGCAACACUUGAAAAAUAUCAAAUUUGAUUUUUUUUAAGCAUGUGUGAGCGUUUUUUUCUGUAUUUAUUGGCCAAAAACAUGUGUUGUCCAGUACUUCUUAAUGCUUAACAUUUUGUAUUGUAAUCCAUUCGCCUACUCUGAGGCUGGCCUUUUGUUUAACUGUUUUAUCUGUGCCUCUAUUUGCUGUUAAAGCUCAUGGAUAAUCCAAAAAAGACAUCAGCAGUUAAAUCACAUACAUGUAAAAUCCAAAAUCCAAUCGUGCAAGUUUUUCUUCCUCUUUUAAUUUUAGUACUUUGAAUGUUUUGUUGGGGGUUUAUGUCUGGUUAUUCUGUUCUUUCUAUGAUGUUUAAUGUCUGCUGCAAUUAUUGCCUGCAUGUUAACGAGUAAAAUAUGACAAUGAAAUUGUGCCAGUUGUGAUGACCAAAAGUAUUUGUUGAGACGGUCACAAUUUGUCUUUGUGCAUCAAAAUAAAUCCAAAAGUCAUUUUGUCUACAUGAUCUGACCAAAACGCUAAAAGACAAGGUGCUGCCAGUUUUUAUUUUCUAAUAAAAAUUGGUUGUGUUUAAACCUU